AAUAUCCGAGUUAAAGACGAGUUUUCAUUCAGUUUGCAUCCCCGACAAUGAAAGGAGUUUAUUUGUUCUUAGUCUAUGCUUUGGCUGGCCAUAAAGCAGCAGCUAAUGUCGACCACAUCAAGAGCACUGAUCAAUUGGUACUGACGUAUCAGCCUUCAGAGGCUUACCCUCUCUUUGUAAGUCCUGGGUCCACCACAGAGCUCCAUUUCAAACUGAAGAACAAUGGCGAUGAUUCUCGAUUUGCCAUCAGGAAAUCCAGCAGCAUUGGCCCUGAAGUGUUUGGAGAAAGCAUUUCAGAAAUUUUUGUGGAAAGAGCGACAAUUCAAGAUUUUAACAUCGGGAAUAUUCAGAUCCCUGUCCAACCUGAAAAAAAAGUUACAAUGGAGAUUGAAGUUAGUCCUAUGGACGAAUCUAUUACUAAUACGAUGGACUCCGCUAAGAAGUCUGUGGUUUUCACGAUUGGAGAGGCAGUCUCUGAACAAGAGCCACCCCAAAUUGAGCAUUGGGUGUGGCUACACUCUGAUUGCAAGGUCAAGGACACUGCGUGCCAGAACUCGACAUGGGAUGCCGAGUUCAAAGUCCACGAUCUUGGGGUUGGAUUGCAAUCGUUGGACAUCCAAACCAUGGGGAAAGAUUCGCAUGAUGUCCCUUUAUUCUAUAAGUAUCAUAACUUCGCAAUCGGCUCCACGGACGAAGUAACCGUGAUCACACAUGCCAGCUGUUGCGUCGAGGGAGUUUCUGUGACAGCGACCGAUCUCCAGAACAAUCAGAUUACUCGAGACUUCCCUAACAAGGACAACGGAUCAAGUUCGGCAUCAACAACUUGUGUCGCAGCUACUCUUCUUGUCGUCAUAAGUAUCUUGAUCAACCUUUAAAAGACUCUAAUAAAAUUAUUUUUCUGA